CAUGGCGAAACCUUCUUCCUUUGUUUUCCUCUUCUUACUUCAUUGCCUCAUGCCCUCCUUAGCUUGGACUGAUGCAAGCAUCACCACCGACAAAUAUGCACUUAUUGCCCUUAAAUCCUCUAUCACUUCAGAUCCAUACAAUUUCUUAGCUAAUUGGUCUACCUUUUCUCCAUGUAAUUGGGUUGGCGUUACCUGCAAUGCUCAUCAUGGAAGGGUCCAUUCCUUGAAUCUUGCUGGCAUGGAUCUUAGAGGCACUGUAUCUCCACAAUUGGGAAAUCUUUCAUUCCUUGUUGAACUUGAUCUCAGUAACAACAACUUGAAUGGUCAAAUGCCAGCAGAGUUAGUUCGAUUACAUCGACUAAGACUAUUCAACUUCAGCUACAAUGACUUUCAUGGACAAGUUCCAGCAUGGAUAGGAGAUUUAUCUAUAUUGGAGCACUUAAAUCUUCGAAAUAACACCUUUGAUGGAUCUAUUCCACCAUCUCUAUUCAAUCUAACAAGGUUGGAGACUUAGAUUGGAGUCUAAUUUAAUUGAAGGAACCAUUCCUGUUGAGAUAGGAAGACUUGAGUGCUUGAAAAUUUUACAACUAUCGAGAAACAAACUUUCAGGAAUCAUUCCUCAAGCAAUUUCCAACUUAUCUUCACUUGAGUUAUUGCAUUUGUCUUAUAACACUUUGUCAGGUAUGGUUUGGAUUAUUUUAAAUUUCUUUAUUUGUCUUUGCUCUAUAUUAGGUUGGCAGGAUAUU